GUGAUCCGCGAGACAGCGGCAAUGGCAGACGCGCUUGCACUGGAGCAACUGGUGAGAGAGAACCUCGGCGACGAAUGUCCGAGACCAGAGGUAAAGAUUGAGAGGUUCGACAGCGGUGGGGCCAAUUACACCUCCGCACUCUUCAAAAUACUAGUCUCGCGAAGCGGACGCGAUGACUUGCAUCUGUUCGCGAAGGUCGCCUCCUUCAGUGAGGCCAUGAGAACGAAGGUGAACGCCGACUGGAUCUACACCAACGAGCAAUUUGUCUACACGACGAUAGUUAAAAUCUACGACAAUCUCCAGGAGAGCCACGACGUUCCGCUAGAACAUCGGUUCGUCUUCCCCAAGUACUUCGGACACAGCUCAACGCACGGCAACGAGACCAUCGUGACCGACGACCUGGGCAUCCAGGGGUACAAAUCCUUCAACAGGUUCGCCUCCAUGAAUUGGGAGUACGCUUCGAAGUCGGUGGAGACUCUGGCCAAGUUCCAUGCACUGUCUCUCGUGUUUGCACAUGAACAACCGGAGGAGUUCGAGAAGAUAGCAGCAGGAAUGCAGUACGGUAUCGGUGUGAAUGGGGAUGAGACCACAAAGGAACUUUAUGUGAAGAUGGUAGAAAGUUCUUUGGCGACGCUGCCCGAAGAUUACAGGGACAGAGUGCGGAAGGUAGUCUACAACGAAGAAUUGAUGAAAUUUCACAAUAAGCCAGUGAAGAAGGUCGUUCUGGCGCAUGGCGAUUUUAGACUCAGCAAUUUGCUGUUUAAGCGAAAGGGAGGUGUUCUGCUCGUACGCGCUGUUGACUACCAGAUGAUGCAUGCCGGCUGCGCGCUGGCGGACCUCAUCUACUUCAUCACCGUCGGCUCCGAUAAGCAAUUCCGCGACAAAUACUUUCAUAGACUCAUCGAAUAUUACCGGGAGCAGUUAGAACUUGCACUUUCAAGGUUUUCACUGGACAUUGAAGAUGUAUACCCCAAGAAGAUAUUUGACGAGGAACUAGCAGUGAUACUGCAACUUGCCGUGGUGAUCAGCGUGAUGAUCCUGCCGUCGGUGAUGGCGGACGAGGAGGAUGCACCCAAGGCGGGCAGCAACUUUGACUUCUUCGAGUCCACGGUGAAACGGGGUCAGUUGUUCACGGAGAGAUUCAACGAUCUCAUACAGGACUGUAUAGACUGGGGCGUUGUAUGACUUUGUUGAUGUUGAAACUACAACACUAUAUUAUCAAGAUAUUUAUUAGGAAAUUGUCCGAACCUAAUUUUAUCUCUGACUUAAGAUAAGAAUUCGUACCUAAUUCAAAUUUCUGUAUCAAUCUAUGGUUUCACAAUGAUAAUUUAAAGUUACUUUGUCGAAUUUAAAGUGAAAUUUGGGUUUCGGAAACUUUUUACUUUUAUUAAUGUUUGUA